AUGACGAUUGAGUACACGCCGAGCGAGAGCGAGGAAGGGGAAGGUGGGAUGUUUGCGCGUUUGCCGAGCCAGGGCGCGGGCGCGAACGCGGGAUUGUACGAGUACGAGGACGAUAGCGAUAGUUCUGAUGACGACGUGCGACAUCCGAGAGCGAGGGACGACGCCCCGAGUUGUUGCUGCGUCAUUACUUAG